UUCUUGCACCCGUGGCCCAACCGUCACUCGAGCCGCGGAUGCUUGGACUCGGCCGUCUCCGCCGACCUCCGAAACCCCAGAAGCCGAAAGCGGGCUGGAAGCGACGGUCCACCCGCGCCUCUCCGCAUGGGCAGCUACCUGGGCAAAGCGGGGUCGUCGCCGCGGUCCCCGGGCCAGGGGCGCGCAGACGCCCGGGAGAAGCCCGCCCCCCGCCGACCGGCCAGGCCCCUCUACCAGGUCCACCGGGUGCAGCACGUCCACCGCGCCCAGCCCGCCCGGCGGCACAGGCCGGCCCGGAAGCCGCCAGACUGGGACCCCGCCAAUCCCGCCGCCUUCGUCAGCGAGGCCUGGAGGCGCUUUCCCAUGAAGAGGCCGCAGAACCCCAUCAUGGGCUCGCUUCCUUCGGACUGGUGGGAAAGUUACCUCCGGCGGAAUAUUUGGUCCCUUCGGCACCCGAGGGCCACCUGGAGUCCGGUGACGGUCAAGAUCUCGCCGCCGGAGCGGAGGCCGCGGCCCUCGUUCUCCGCCUCCUCGAAGGUGGUGAACUCUGCGGGACCCUCGGAGGAGCCACCAGGCGGGUGUGGAAGGGACCCGGUGCUGCAGGCCCUCCUCGAGUGCAGGAAGGGCAGAGCCAGGUGGGAAGAGCCGCUGUCCCCCGACGGCUCGGACGGCAAAAGGAAUUCCGCCAGCCCGUGGUCCGCCUUUAAGCCCCUGUUGAAAAGCGGGGCCACCGUUUCGUUUGUGGCCAGGCCCGGGUCUCUGAAAAGGAGCCUCCACGCCCAGAGCUCAGAUCACAAACGGAAGAGGCCCAGUUGUUCCUCCGUGGCCCUCUUGGCUAGCAUAUGCACACGCGGCCCCCUCAGCACUACAAGAAACGCUAUUACCAGCUCUUACAGUUCUUCCAGAUAUCUCUCAGAGUCUUGGAAGAGACAUUUUUCCAGGACAUCAGUCCAGACUCCAGAAUGGCCACUGAAAAAGACAGGGGGAAGUCCUAAUUCUCACCCCUUAGUCACACCCAGCAUCUCCGGGCAGCCGAACUGGGUGGUUCCUCCACUGUCAUCUGCUCCUAGGGACCUGCUGACCACACCUUGCCAGCAAGGCUGCGUUGUCACUGAAGAGGACCUGACCUUAGAGAGCCAAACUGGGCCGUGCAACCAAACCACAGACGCUACAACUGGGACCGCCACAGACUGCAUUCCUGAGACCAGGGCUAGUGUCCAGCCUCCCUUGCCUCUCAGUCCGCCUUCCUCUGAGACAGUAGUCAGUACCCACAUGAGUCCUCAGCUGGGAAGCUCAGAGAACAUGCCUGUUCCACAUGGGUGCUCACAGUUAGAGCACCUUCAAGGCAUCUCCUCAGACUCAAAACCCUCAAUUGCUUCCAUCCAGGUGUCUCCAAGUUCUCCCACAUCGCCAGUCACUGAUUCCAACUGGCUAUCUUCAGUCCCUCAGGCUCACAGGUCUGCGGCACCCCCACACUCGUCUGUCAUUAUCCCCACCGCACCUACCACACAAAACACUCUGCUUAGGGUGGUGAGUAGCCCAAUUCUCCAUCUUCCUGCAUCUGUACUUCCUGUGGAGACGUCUGCUCACCCAGCAUUAAGACCUGUUCUGGGGCCUGUACACAAUAGUGAGGUGAGAGACUCCUCAUAUUCCAGAAUUUCUGUCAUGGCUGCUGGAGCAUCAUCAAGCUCUUCUCUUUCCACAACUCCGAGCAUCUUAAGGCCCACCUGCAAGCCUAUCUUUGGCAGUAUAGAACCACUUAAAACUAUGCCGGUGACAGCUCCUGUGUCCACCCAGCAGGCCUCUCCUCCUUCACUGAUUUCUGCUUCUGCCCAUCUCUUCCAUGGCCUAGCCACAGCCCCCUCUAUGGUUACAUCUGCCAUUACAGCCAGCACAUCCAGAGAUCCUGGUGUGGACUUGAACAUAGUGACUAGCACCAUGGGCAACUCUUACUCUGUCCCUUCUUGCCACACUUUACUGCUUGGCACUUCCCAGGGUUUUUCCUCAGCCACCGAUUUAGUUUUCCCAUGCCAGCACCCUACAGCCCCCACUGUACACACAGUCACCAUCUUCAGCCAGGUCCUCACUAGUGCCAUCCAGAUAUCCCCUCUCAGAAGCACUGCUAAACUGAAGGGGCCGAGCAGACCUCCACCAGCUUCAGGCUUACCGUCCACAAACAAGCGUACCGUGACCUCGAGCGUCUCCAGUGUGACUUCAGCACUCACGACAUCUUUAGGGUCAAGCCCAAAGUCACCUUUGCCACCAUCCCAAAGAAGUCCUUCCCAGGCUUCACCCGGGGCCACAGAGAGGCAGAAGCAAUGCUCUCCUCCACUAGCUCCCGUCCCAAGCUUCAGUACCUCUUUCCUUCCAGGGAACUCAGUUGUGUCCCCAACCCAGACGCUGCCUCCUGCUCAAAUGGCCCUCAGCAAGCCUACACUGCCAGCUUCUGGGGGGUUGACAUCUUCAGCCUCUGUUAUCCACACUUCCGGCAGCAUCCAGCCAGGUUUGGGCAGCACUCUAGCUGGUUUUCCAUUCAGUAAAGCUAGCUCAACCACCCUGGGGGUUGUCAGACAGAACCACCAGAGCGGGGCCUACAGCUCAGUAUUUGGUAGCACAGCCCCGAGACCUUUUGCUUUUGGAGGAUUGGUGACCCCGAUGGACUGUGGGGAGCCUGAUGUCAUUAUGGCUGCCCCACAAAGGAGCACGUCUUGUGUAAGACAGAGUGAGACCCCAAGCACCCUGGCUCCCUUUGUACAGUGCUGGAACCAGAACAUGCAGAGCCUUCCUAGCCAGAUCACACCUCUGGUCAGUGUCACUGCAAGAAAGACUGUGGCUGGGGCCCCCUCUCUGGUCCCCUUUGCUCAGAGUACCCCUAUACCUGAAGCCACUAAGGCAGGUAGUAGUCUUGGCUUUGGGAUGUCCUCUCCAACUGUGCAGGGUUCUGUGGGGAGAGACCCUGUCAGACCAUGGGCACCUUCAUUCUGUAUUGGUACAAAAUCAAAAACUCCAAGGAAUCGGGAGCCAGGGCGCCCCCGAAGAUAUCAUACUUACAAGAAAUAGUCCACGGUCCCUGUCCGAUUGCAAUGAAGAGCCUCAAUCUCUUCCAAUUCUAUAUACCAAACAUAUCCCAGAUCAAAAGUGAAAGCUGUAGGUGUCCCCUCUGUGUGUCCUCAUCUAAAUCUUCCAAGAAGGUAGGCCACUAAUGUGUCAUCUAGUGUUGGUAGGGAAUGGGGCUGCAUGGGACUACAGCUCCUGGAACAGAGUAGAAACUCUGAUUCCGUUUC